UCUCUCCAUCUCCCUUGUGUUCUCAACGUCGAUCUUUCCAUCCAUCCACACCUUUUCCAUCUCAAAGCCAACGAUCACUGUUCGACGGUCAUCUCCCAGUAGUAUCAGCGUCACCAAUCUUCGUAAGCCUAUACGGAACAUCAUCCACAAUGCGGACCGUUCAGACGGCGCGCCGACACGGCCCAUCCACCGCCCGCGCCUCGUCUGGCACCAAUUCGCCGUCCACAAACAAGACUGCCUCAAAUGAUUCAGACCACUUCAGAGGCGCCAUUCGCUACAAGUCCAAGCAAGAGAUGAUUGAGAUUGCUGAAUCUCUCGGCCUCACCCUCGUCGAGAGCAACACCCGUGCUGAGCUUGAUGACACCAUCACCAAGCAUCUCCUCGGCUCUGGUGGCGAACUCAGAAGUAACCCUCGUUACCAAGGUCUGUACGACUCGUUGGACAGGGACGCAAGGAAGGACGCCGACUCCGAAUCGGAUGGUACGCCGGACCCAUCAGGCAAGUCUCCGCGCAAGAUUGCCGGUCGUCGCUCCAACGCGGUUGCCAACGGUGCCUCUUCCGCCAUCAGCAACUCUGCGAUCGAGGUGACCGAGGCGGUCAAGCGCACCAGUCUCACCGCCCGUUCGUCCUUUGAGGACCUCAGCUCGAAAAUCUUUGGCGCUUCCCGCCAGGCUGGUGGGCAGGUCGAGGUGGCCGAGGAGGCUGCCGUGCAGGGCAACGCGUUGUUCAAGAAGUCACGCAAGACGUACAAGAAGUACGAAAAAAAGGUGCGCAAGGAGUAUGUCAGGGUUCGCAACUACGCUUCCAAUAUCCAGCACAUCACUGCCGCCCUGCUCAUCAUCGAAGCCGUUGUCCUGCUCACGGCCCUCAUGCCACUCUACUCCGUCGAGUUUGGCAAAGCAGACCAAUUCACUUCUGUCAAGGUCCAGCUGACAGGCCAUCACCUCACGGCUAAGCUGCCCUUUGUUAGCAUCAGCGUCCCGCACCCCAAGGUACUCAUUAGCCUUGGCUUCUGGCAACCGCUGGCCGUCUGGAGCAUCUGGACGUUCGCCAUUCCGUACGCUGCCGCCCACAUCAUCACGUUUGACCGCGCGCACCAAGCGUCGCUCUUCACAUUCAACUUUACGCGCCUCGUCGUCUUGCUGUACCUCGCGUACAUCGUCCCACGCAGCGGCUUGUCAACACUCUCGGCCAACACGAACACGAAGCUCAGCACGUUCGGCCUCGCUGUCGGCGAGCCCUUGACCGCCGCCCGCCGCACGGGCCACAUCCGGCCCAGGAAGCUGUGGAGCUACGACUACGUCCUUGACUACCUCCCCGCCGAGCUAAGCUUGCUUAUCACCGGCGUUGCCACCGGCUUUACGCUGUACGACGCAAUCGUUCACAGGCCUCGCGCUUGAGGGUGCAGCACUGCGUGAUCUCAGAAUUAGUUCGACUGUCGUACUACAACACGCCACGCCACAUCACGUUUCGACCCGCUAUCCCAUUCCCUUAUUACACACUUAAUGAUACCAGGUCUGACCGUCUAAAAUUACGACAUGCCAACGAAAUACAAAGGAGCUCAACACACUCGCACGACUCGCUAAGCUAUCCCCCGUCCGAAACACAAAGCCGGUAAUUCUUCCUCUUUUCUUUCUGUUUGUGUUCGCGUCUCUCCUAUCCGUGUUGCUUCCAAAACGCUUGUAGUCUUUUUUCAAUGCUGCUUUUAUAUGAUGUGCGAU